AUGUUUUUGGCCUUGGUGGGUCAUGGAUUUUUCUUUGUCGAUUCUUCAUAUAUAAUUAUGUUUUUGGCCUUGGUAGUUCACAGAUUUCUCUUCAUUGAUUCUUUGUAUAUAAUUAUGCUUUCGGCCUUGGUGGGUCAUGGAUUUCUCUUUGUCGAUUCUUCAUAUAUAAUUAUGUUUUUGGCCUUGGUGGUUUACAAAUUUCUCUUCAUCGAUUCUUCGUAUAUAAUUAUGUUUUCGGCCUUGAUGGUUCACAGAUUUCUCUUUGUUGAUUCUUCAUAUAUAAUUAUAUUUUCAGCCUUGGUGGGUUAUGGAUUUCUCUUUGUCGAUUCUUUAUAUAUAAUUAUGUUUUUGGCCUUGGUGAAUACUACUGUAUAUAUUGUUCCACUUGGUUUUGAUUCCUUAAUCAUGUUAACUACACUCUUCUUUUUUCCAAAUGGGUUAUGGAUUUCUCUUCGUCGAUUCUUCGUAUAUAAUUAUGUUUUUUGCCUUGAUAGUUCACAGAUUUCUCUUCGUCGAUUCUUCGUAUAUAAUUAUAUUUUCAGUCUUGGUAGUUAUGGAUUUCUCUUUGUCGAUUCUUUAUAUAUAAUUAUGUUUUCAGCCUUGGUGGGUCAUGGAUUUCUCUUCAUUAUUUCUUUGUAUAUAAUUAUGUUUUCAGCCUUG